AUGGUCGAAGCAUCACCUCAACGCAUCGUUCCAGGUGCUCCUCCACCACCUCCACUGACAAAAUCCCAGAUCAAAAAAAAACGAAAGGCUAAGGCCAAGGCCAACGAAUCUAACCCGAAUUCCCCUGUCGCUACUCCUGAACCUAAUACUGUCGUUGAGCAAGAGGGGGAAAAUGUUGAUGUACAGAACGGCGCAGGUGUGCAAGAGGCAAUAGUUCAGGAGGAGGCACCAGUUGCAGCGGCUGAGCCUGAGCCUGAGGUACCCCUCAAGACAAGCCCCAUCGUAGAGCUCAUCAAUAAACGUCUCAAAGCUGCCAACAAAAAAAUUUUGCGGAUAUCAUCGUACGCUACAACGGACCCCGAAAAGCUGAACGAUGAUCAGAAGCGUAUUUUGAAGACGCUUCCGACAUUGGAAGCCAUCCAGAAAGAACUAGCCGAUGUCAAGAAGGCAGUCGAGGUACACGAGUCUGAGCUGGCCGUAGAAAUAGUGCAAAAAGUGGCAGAAGCCAAGAAAAUACAGGAGAUACGGGUCAAUCAGGCCAUUACUACGACUGAGCAAGAAAUGACAUUAAAAACGUCCCAAAUCCUUCUCUUCCUUCGUUUCCGGUCACUUUUGGCGUCUGGCGAUCUCCCUCUGCAAUUGAGUCAAGAAGAACUAAACCUUGUGUUCUCGGCAUGCGAUGUUCUAAUGGGAGAAGAUGGAGAGUCGAGGAAUGUUGUAGUGAACGGCCUGUUGACAGGCUCGGGCGAGUAUGAAGGAACCUCUUGUACGCGCUUUAUUACCUUGGUCGAUCUCCGGACUAAUGUCACAUCAGAUUCACAUUUGCUGGAGAUCGCGAACAAUGGCCUGCAUCCCCGCCCACUCACGCCCGCCCCAGAAGAACCUGAGGCGAACGCCCAGGACCGUCCUGACUCCCCCGCUUCUACAGCUACUGAACCUGUUCCUGUUUCUGGUAUUUCUGCUCUGCCAGCAUCUUCAAGUAGUUUCCAUUUCAUGCAGGCCAGUGAACUUGAGUCGCCAUCCUUUGAAAGUAGUGCAGAGUGGGUUGAACGGGCCGACGCCAUCGAGCCUAUCGCUGAGGAACCAAUUCAAAGUGUGGUUCCUGAGCCCGUCGCAGCCAACGGGAAUGUAGAGGUGCAGCCUGAAGAACAGGCACCCGGUACUGCCGGCGGGGCCAUUGACUGGGCAGAUGAAGAGGAUGGUCUUCCUUCCAUUGAUGGGCUACACGCCAAGUUCGGCACUUCCGGUUCCGCCACACCUGUCGGUGGACCAGCUGAUGAGGAUCAACCUCAGCCCCAGCCCCAGCCUCAGCCUCAGCCUCAGCCCCAGCUUCAGGUGAAUGGACAUGUCGAAGAGACUGUCGCACCCAUGCCAGCACAGGAAGAUGAUGGUUUCACACAGGCCCGGAGCAUUCGAGGCGGUAGAGGCAGGGGAAAUGGCUUCCGCGGUGGUGAUCGUGGUGGAUACAGAGGUAACGGUUUCCGUGGUGGGGAUCGCGGCUUCCGGGGUGGUGAUCGUGGACGGGGCGGCUACAGAGGCGGUGAACGAGGGGGCGGGGGUCAUCGAGGCAGAGGCGAUGGCGAGAAUCGUGGUCGUAGCGGAAGGGGCCGAGGCCGAGGAGGCUCUCAAGCGGCGGCAACAUCCACAUGA